AUGUCCAACGCAUCUUCAUCCAUACCUCCACACUCCUUAAUUGCUUUCGCUCUCUUCCUCAGACUUCCUGGUUACUCAGAGAUCUUGCUGAAGGAGAAGAAGAAGGCACAGUGUCUGUUGAGAAUGAUUCUAGGCGUGGCCGAUGAGGUUUCAAGUCUCACAUUUGGGGGUGGGAUGGCAGGGAACCUUCUCUCCUCCUUCCCAUUCCAGGUGCUCGUAUGUCUCUUUGAUGUGACACCACUCUCAACAGAUGAGGGUGUGUUAUUGAGGAGGAUGUGCAUGGAGAUUGGAGUGGUCCACCUCAUUCUGGCAUGCCUCUCCAUUCUGGGACACCAUGCUCCCAGGCAGUUCAUCCCUGGAAUCUAUCAGGAGAUCUUAAAAGUGGCGUCCCUAUCUCAAAUACAGCAGCAACCAUCGUCGUCAUCAACCGCUGCUCCAUCUACUACGACGUUCGUACCGACAGCCACAACUUCAACAUUUGCAGCAGCGAGCGCAAACAAAUCAGAUUUCAGUGCAGCGGGCGUUUCUUCCAUCAACUCUUCAGUGAUGGGGCUGGUGUCAGGGAUCAUAAAGAAGAGUGGCGCUGAUGAAAAAACGCCAAAUUAUUGGGCCAAAGGUACAGGGUUCGGUACGGGGUCAACUGCUUCAAACUGGGACGCUGAGCAACUACUAGCCAAGCAGAAAUGUGAAGAGGAACACGUGACUAGCUUGUUGUUGGUACUGGCCAGUUUUAUCAGUCCGAGAACAUCAUCAGUUUCAUCUUCCAGCAGCCUCAACAACUUCGAGUCUCGUCUUUCCAGCCGACCCGAUCUACUUACGUCUUCCAGCAAAACCAAGUCAUCAUUUUCAAAUCAAAGUUCAGGUGCUGACCUGCAGAGGUCGGUUGUUGCCGGCGAGAGUAGCAGUGAGAACAGCAACUACUUGCCUGCUGGUUUGCCUGCACUGCUCAGUCAGUCAUGUCUCGUGCCUGCCCUCUCAUCUUACCUGAGGAACGACUCAGUAUUAGACAUGGCCUGUCAUGUUCCACUGUACCGUGCCUUGUUGCAAGUCCUUCAAUCCAUAGCUACUUGUCAAUCACUCAUUUCACUCCUCCUGCCUCUACCAGACAACAAUGGUAAUGAUGAGUUGGCAUCAUCAUCCUCAUCUUCGAUAUCUUCUCUUUUGGAUAAGAUGCGGAAGUGUGUGGACACAUAUGCUCUGAGACUCAAGGGCAACAAAGGACAGCAGAAAGCGGCGCAGAUGACAACAGCCUCGUCAGCAAAUACUUCAGUGGCAUCGUCUACUGCUGCAAUGGCUGCUGAAGAUGAGGAAUCAGAAGGAUUGGCACUUCUCAUUCCUGAAAUCCAGGAAACAAGUGUCAUCGUCAACAGAGCGAUUGCUGAUUAUUUGAAUGCUUCAGGCAUUUCUUUGACAAGUCAGAAGAAGAAAGACAUGAUGUCAGCCUCUUCGUCAUCUACCAUGAUGGCAAUGACGUCAUCAGUGAUGGGCAGGAUGAGUCAAUCACAGGAAGAGAAGUACAUCUCCGUUAUGAAAUUACUUCAAUAUGAUACAUAUAAGAUGGUGUCAGAGAGCAACAACCUUCCAAUUUUCACUCUGCCCCAUCACUACGAAUCGAAUGUUAAGGCUGCCGGUGAUGUGAACAACCCUGUAAGAGCUCGAAGGCUGGCCCAGGAGACUGUUACGCUGUCCACAUCACUUCCGUUGUCGGUGGGCAGUAGUGUCUUUGUCAGAUGUGACGAAGAGAGACUUGACGUUAUGAAGGUUCUUAUGACCGGACCGACGGACACUCCAUAUUCGAAUGGUUGUUUCGAGUUUGAUGUCUUCUUCCCCGUCGAUUAUCCAAACUCUCCACCUCUCAUCAACCUGGAAACCACUGGUGGCAACUCCAUCAGGUUCAACCCAAAUCUUUAUAAUGAUGGGAAGGUAUGCUUGAGCAUCAUUAACACUUGGCACGGUCGACCAGAAGAAAGAUGGCACUCACAGACAUCCAGCUUCCUACAAGUCCUCGUCUCCAUACAAUCUCUAAUCCUCGUUCACGAGCCAUACUUCAACGAACCUGGAUAUGAAAGGUCUCGGGGAACACCAUCUGGAACAGCCAGUUCUAGAGAAUAUGAUGCCAACAUCAGGCAGGCAACUGUGAAGUGGGCCAUGCUGGAAAUGAUUAAAAACCCCCCUCUUGCAUUCAAGCAGAUUAUACAGUGGCACUUCUGGCUGAAGAAGGAUGAGAUAGUGAGUCAAAUUGAGAGUUGGGUCCAGGAAACAGAAAUGUACAGCAAGGACAAGAGAGUUGGAAGAAAUAUUUCACAUAGUCUGCUCUUACUCAAGAGACAUUUUGCCCAGCUGAAGGAAGAGUUCGCCAAGAUGACCAUUCCAGAAGAUGUUCAACCUGUCGAUGACGACAACGACGACGAUUUCACGGACAACAACAAUAACAACAGUGAUGACAAUGACAACGCUGAUGAUGAUAACGAUAAUGGAAUAAGUUUCAAAGUCCCGAAGGAAUGUCCCAACAGCUGAUCUAAUGCAACUAUUGCGCACCCACUACUUGUACAUUGAAACUGUGGUACUAACACUAUUUUUCUACAUCAAACGCACUAUAUAAUAUGUAUUUAUAUUUAUACCAUGUGUUAAAGUGUACAGGAUAUUGUGAUAACGAUGCAGGUAGUCGGAGACACAACUAGUUUCCACUAUUACUAUUACUAUUACUACUACUACAUACUCUUUACUAUUUAUUAAUGAAAUUCUCAAUUAAUUUCACACGGUUUUUGAGCAAGACGUGCUGUUUUAUAAUGAUUGUCGUUUGUUACACGUCAUGAGACUGAGUUUGUCCAACAUUGGUCAGUGGUCACUCAGUAAAACAACCGUCAAUUGUUUGUUCCUCCUUUUCGACUAGGCAAUCUUAUUAAUAUGAAAAAUAUGAUUAUGGACAAUCAUUAUCUUUGGUUUUUUUAAUUAUUAUUAUUAUUAUUGUUAUAGCGUUUAUAAUAACCUAAAUUUGUCACCAGGCUUCUAUGCAUAUAGAAAAUUUCAAUGAUAUUUUAGACAGUUAUUUUACCCUGCCUAUUCUUCGCAUUUACUUUAUUUAUAAUUAUUAUUUAAAAUACAUUUGUAGGUGUUAUUUAUUAUUAUUAUCAUAGUUGAUUUUAACUUUAGCUGAGCAUGGCAAUAUUUUUAUCCAAGGAGGUAAAUUAUUUGAUUGUAUUAAAAAACGAUGUUUAAAUGAUUCAACAAUAUGGCUGUAGAAAUUAUAACACCAAUGACAGACUUUUAUCAAACAACACAUUUUGAAAUAAACAUAAACAUUACACUUAGUUCCUCUCUAAAUCUGGAUUAAAUUUUUUAAUUCAAAGAGAAAGUAAAAAUUAUAUUUCAAGUUUUAUUAAUGUACAAUUUCAAUAAAUAAAGUCAAAAUUAACUAUUUUAUUAUUUUAUAUGUUUAAUUUUAUUUUCUUGUCUUCAUAAUAUCCAUCACUUCAUCUCUUUUAGCUGCAAAUUUUUAUUUAUUUUUUCAAGGCAAUAAUAAAUAAAUACACUGCUGUAAA